AUGUCAUGGACCCAGGACCGUGUUACAUCACCAAAUGGCAUUCAUGAAAUUAUAUCACAUUUUGGGUGUAAUUAUGUAGCAAAAUGGUUCAUAAAUAUACCGUGUGGGGAGACAGGAACAAGACUACAAGGGAAAGCUGAUCGUUCUUGGGUUUUAUAUUCUAUUGAAGGACAAGCAACUUUGAAGUUUAAGCCAAGUUUAGAGGGUCUAAGAACUGCAGCAAGCGAAGCAAUUCACAAUUUAGAAGCGUUUAAAUCUGGUUCAGAUGGAGAAAUGAGAAAGAGCCAAGAAUUCAUGGAUUUAAAUCCCUAUCAUUACCAUCAUCAACAACAACAAAUCCAGCAAAAUUCUGGUCUGAUGCGUUAUCGCUCUGCCCCAAGCUCAUUCCUUGAGAGCCUUGUGAAUGGUACAAGUGGCCAUGGUAGUGGUGGUGGUGGCAUGGGAAGCGAAGAUUAUCGCUAUCUUCGAUCUUCAAGCCCUGAGAUGGAUACCAUGUUGGCAAGGUUUAUGUCAUCAUGUACUGGUUCUGGUGAUUCCAGUUCUCAAAAUUUGCAAGAAUUUGGAGAGAGACCAGCGAUAAAGCAAGAAGGAGAAGAUUCAGAAAUGGUUUAUCAAAGUUUACCAAGGCAUAAUUUGGUUAAUGACAAUUCAAUGAGUGUUGUGAAUUCUAUGGAUACAGCAUUCGGUGUAAUGAAUUCCAUGGCUUUAGAGAAUUCUAUGCAAGCAACAAAUAUUAGUACUGCAAAUGGAUCUAAUCUUGCUAGGCAAAACAGCUCUCCAGCCGGACUUUUCUCCAACCUAGGCGUUGACAAUGGCUUUGCUGUAAUGAGAGAUGCGUGUAGCUUCAGAGCCAGCAAUGGUAAGAAUGGAGAAGCUAGUCCAUCAGCUAGUAGAUUAAGAAGUCAUGUGAGCUUCUUAUCAGGGCAAAGGAUCUUGCCUCAGAUUGCAGAAAUUGGAGAAGAAUGCAUUGGUGGGAAUAGUCCAGAAGGCAAUGUUGGUAAGAGAAAGUAUAUGUCCAACUUCAAUACUGAUUCUUGGGAUGAUGCUUCCCUGAGUGGUCUUAAAAGGUUGAGGGAUAAUGAUGGGAACAUGUUUUCUGGCCUAAACACACUGGACAAUCAGGAUGGGAAUUCUGGAAACCGUGUGUCUGGUUUGACUCACCACUUGAGCUUGCCUAAGACUGUUUCAGAAAUGGCUACCGUCGAAAAGUUUUUGGAUUUUCAAGGCAACUCUGUCCCAUGUAAGAUUCGAGCCAAAAGAGGUUUCGCUACUCACCCACGAAGCAUAGCAGAGAGGGUAAGAAGAACUCGGAUUAGUGAAAGAAUGAGAAAAUUGCAAGAACUUUUCCCAAACAUGGACAAGCAAACAAACACAGCAGAUAUGUUAGAUUUGGCAGUUGAGCACAUUAAAGAACUACAGAAACAAGUCAAGACCCUCACGGAUACUAAAGCGAAGUGCACGUGUUCAAGUAAACAGAAGAAACAUUCAAGCCCUUCAGCUUGA